AAUGUUGUAUGGUCAAUUGAUUGGAGGGAAAAUCAUGUUAUUUCCCGUAAUUGCAAAACGGAAAUUCGUUAUUUUUAUUAUUUUUCUGCUUAAUUACGGGAUUACUGAAAAUACUGAAUAAUCAUAUUAUAAUUGUUACAAUAUUUGUAGUAAUUUAGGAAAAAAACAAUUAUCAUGUCGAGUUUAACUGAAGAGCAACGUAAAAUGAUUGAAGAAAAAAAAAAAGUUGCACAAGCAAAAUUAGCAGCAAAGUUUUCUCAAAAGAGUAUACCUGUGUCAACCAAAAAUAAUAAUAAUCAAUGCACAUUAUCUAAUACUGGAUUGGUCUUACAAUCUCCAAUUAGAAAAACUGUGCACAUAAAUUACAAUAAUACACCACAGAACCUAAAUACUAAACCGAUUCAUGGUAAAUGUGAACUUAUAUCAAAAGAUCGGUUCAUUGUACAUGUUGCCUAUCAUAAACAACUAAUUGAUAUUUUUAAAACAAUUCAAAGUAAAAAUUAUAAACCUGAAGUAUCAAAAUGGUCAUUCCUCAUAAAGGAUCAUGAUCAGCUUAUGAUAAGUAUAAAACCACUUGAACCUAAUGUUACAAUUGAAAAGUUACCACAUUUUAUUUUAAAAAUGUUCAAAACUAGUGAACGUAUUGAAACAGAUUUAUCAAAAAUAGACCUGAGUUGUAUUGGUAAUGAUUGGCUUGGGAAGCUUUUUCCCUUUCAAAAAAUAGGAAUCCAAUUUGGAGUGUCAAAAAAAGGUCGUUGUAUUAUUGCAGAUGACAUGGGCUUAGGAAAGACCAUACAAGCCAUAGGAAUUGUAAAAUAUUACUUAAAUGAUUUCCCUUUACUUAUAGUUUGCCCCUCGAGUAUGAGAUACACUUGGGAAGAAGAAAUUCGAUUAAAAAUGCCAAAUAUACCUGUAACUGGAAUAUAUGUAUUAUCUAAAUCUAAUGAACAAUUUAUUGAUCCAACUGUGGUUAUUACAUCAUAUGACAUGAUGACUAAAAAAAAAGAUAUGCUUUUAAGUUUUAAAUUCGGAAUUAUUAUACUUGAUGAAAGUCAUAGUUUAAAGAGUGAAAAAUCAGCCAGAACAAAAGUUGCACUUUCUCUAGCAAUGAAAAGUAGUCGAUGUAUUUUAUUGAGUGGUACUCCAGCAUUAUCAAGGCCAAUUGAACUUUAUACACAAAUCAAAGCAAUAACUCGAAAUAAUUUUAUGACCCCGAUUGAAUAUGGUAAACGUUACUGUAAUGGUCAAGAAACAAUAUACGGAUGGGAUUUUUCUGGUUCUUCAAAUAUGGAAGAAUUGAAAAUAAUACUUGAAACUCAAUUUAUGAUUCGUCGUCUAAAAAGCGAUGUAUUAAAACAAUUGCCUCAAAAAAUUAGAAAUGCAGUGAUACUAAAAGCAGAAAAUAUUAAAUCUCGCAGUCAAAAUAUGGAUAAUUUAGAAAGUAUGAUGAAUGAUAAGUCUCUAAAAGCAAUGGAAGUUCGUGGAGCUUUGUUACAAUAUUUCCAACAAACUGGUGAUGCUAAAUUACCUGCAAUUUGUGAUUACAUCUUAAAUACACUGAAAGAAGGAAAUAAAUUUUUAGUAUUCGCUCAUCAUAAGAAAGUUAUGGAUGGUAUAAGUGAAGUACUUGAAAAUAAUAGAACUUAUUAUAUUCGAAUUGAUGGAAGAACAUCAUCCGAAGAAAGAAAAUUUGUAUGUGAUCAAUUCCAAAAUGAUGAUAGGUAUAGAGUAGCUGUUCUUUCAAUUUGUGCUGCAAACUCUGGUAUUACAUUAACUGCAGCAAAACUAGUUAUAUUUGCAGAACUUUAUUGGAAUCCUGGUAUUUUAACUCAAGCUGAAGACCGAGCACAUCGUAUUGGUCAAGCUGAAACAGUGACUAUUCAAUACCUUUUGGCAAAAAAUACUGCUGAUGAUAGUCUUUGGCCAAUGAUUCAGACUAAAUUGAAUGUUUUAAACAAAGCUGGUCUUAGUAAAGACAAUUUUAAAGAUGACAGCACCACAGUUAUAAAUUGUUCUGCUAAGUCAAAUCAAUUAAGUAUUCUUGAUUACUUGGAUGAUAAUGUUGAACUAGAUGAAAAUGAUUUGAAAUUUUUGGACGAAGUAGAAGAAUCAGAUUGCAAACGUCCUCGAAAAUGUUAA